AUGCGUUACACCACAUUUCACCGCUCCCCCCUUCCCUCCCUCCCUCCCCCUCUCCUUCGGCCACCUCCCUCCUCUUCUUCCUUCCUCCCGGGGAAUCUACGCCAAUUCGCGCUCGUUGCUGCUAGCGCGCGCCCCUCUCCAGCCCCUCCGCGCCAAGCAGCGCAUAUCCGCUCUACCGCCAUGAUCAGUGGCGGAGCCUCCGCCCUCCCCUCCGCGGGGCCCUCCGCGGGGCCCUCCGCGGGACUCCCCCCGCAUCCGCAGCAGGAGCACCCCGCGCUUAUCCCUGGCCCCGCGCCCGCACACGCAGACGCGACUCCAGCAGCAGCCGCUUCCGCCUCUGCCUCCGCCGUAGGCAUGGACGCGGGCGCGAGCGGAAGGGGGGAGAAUGCCCUGACGGCGUUGAAUCCGGUGGUGGCGGGACUGGCGGCGUCGCGCACGGCGCAGCUGACGGACGCGGCGCGGGCGCUCAAGGCGCAGGGCGUUCCGCUGAUCGAGCUGGCCGCGGGGGAGCCGGAUUUCGACACCCCUAAGGAGAUUGUCGAGGCGGGAGUGGAGGGUCUGCGGCAGGGCUUCACACGCUAUGCACCCAACCAGGGCACUCUGGAGCUACGAGCGGCCAUCUGUGAGAAGCUCAAGACGGAGAACGGGCUGACCUACUCGCCAGAGGAAGUGAUGGUGAGCAACGGAGCCAAGCAGGCCGUGUUUCAAGGGGUGAUGGCCACGUGCAGUCCGGGGGACGAGGUCAUCGUCCCAGCGCCCUACUGGGUAUCCUACCCCGAGAUGGCUCGCCUCGUGGGAGCAACACCCGUCAUCCUCCCCACCACCACGGCCCACUCCUUCCUCCUAGCCCCCUCCGCUCUGCAAGCCGCCCUCACCCCCGCCUCGCGCCUCCUCAUCCUCUGCUCGCCCUCCAACCCCACCGGAGCCGUCUACUCGCCAGAGCAGCUGCAAGAAUUGGCUGAAGUGGUGGCCCAACAUCCCCGAUUGCUGGUGCUAGCAGACGAGAUCUACGAGCACAUCAUCUACCCGCCAGCUCGGCACGUGAGCUUCGCUUCUCUUCCGGGCAUGUGGGAGCGUACACUCACAGUCAACGGCUUCUCCAAGGCCUUCGCCAUGACAGGCUGGCGCCUGGGCUAUCUCGCGGCUCCCAAGCCCUUUGCGGCAGCGGCCAACCGCAUUCAGAGCCAGACCACGUCAGGAGCCAGCAGCAUCGCCCAAAAGGCAGCCAUGGCAGCGUUUGAGCUGGGGCCGUGCGGGGGCGCUACAGUGGCAGCGAUGGUGGAGGCGUUCAGAAGGCGGCGAGACAUGCUGGCGGCCCGGCUGGAGAAUAUUGCUGGCAUUAGGCUGGCAGUACCCCAGGGGGGCUUCUAUCUCUUCCCGGACGUCUCCUCCUACGACCGCUUUCAGUUCACCUCUCUCCACUCCCUGUCACCCUCUCACCCCUCUCACCCCUCUCACCCCUCUCAUCCCUUCCGCAUCACCCCUCCCACCCUUCCACCAUCAACCCCAGGGAGCGUUCUAUCUCUUCCUUCCCAGAUGUCUCCUCUUUCUACGACCACUUUUUCCCUUCUUCUCUCUCCACCAUUCCCAACCUUUACCACUCCUGCCACCCCUCUCACCUCUCCCACACCAGGGAGCGUUCUACCUCUUCCCGGACGUCUCCUCUUUCUACGGCCGCUCGGGCCCGGGGUUUGGGCCAAUCACGGACAGCGAGUCAAUGUGCCGAUAUUUGCUGGAGCGGGGGCAGGUGGCGCUGGUUCCGGGAGAGGCCUUCGGAGCUCCCGAAUGCAUCCGAAUAUCCAUCCCCUCUUCCCGACUGAGGCGAACGCGUACACAGUGCCUCCAGAGGCGAACGUGAGCCAAGUGCUGGAAUGCGGUUACCAGUCAAGCACAGCGACGCAGUUUGGAAUCAUAGGAGGCAUGCUGCUGGCUGCUACAGCGUUGAUCUCUACGUACACAGUGCCGCCAGAGGCGAACGUGAGCCAAGUGCUGGACUGCGGUUACCAGUCGAGCACCGCGACGUUGUUUGGAAUCAUAGGAGGCAUGCUGCUGGCGGCGGGGAUGGCGCUCAUCUCCGUGCUGGGCGGCUGCGUGUGCUGUGUCACCAUCCAGUACGCCCACGGGCAGGCGCUGAAAGUCAGCAUCGUGUGUUACACGCUUGCAUGGGCGGCCUUCUUCCUAGCGGAGGUGUGUCUCAUGUCGGGGGGCUCCCUCAACAACUACCACAAGUCGGUCACCAACUAUCAGUACGACUACCAGCUGCGCACGUGCUACCAGCUCAAGACCACCACCUAUAUCGGAGUCACCAACUAUCAGUACGACUAUCAGCUGCGCACGUACGUGCUACCAGCUCAAGACCACCACCUACAUUGGUAUGUGCCAUGUCAUCUACCUGGCUUACUGUGUCUUGUCGUGCCUGUUGGGUUGGUUGUCACCAACUAUCAGUACGACUACCAGCUGCGCACGCACGUGCUACCAGCUCAAGGCCUCCACCUACAUUGUGGGGCGGUGAUGUCGAUACUGACGGUGGUGCUCGCAGUGCUGUACUACGGGCAAGCACAGAACCCUGUCCUGUCCUUAUUCCCCAUUCAACGCCCCUACCCCCCCCAACAACGUGGAGUGGGAGCAGUGAUGUCGAUACUGACGGUGGUGCUCGCAGUGCUGUACUACGGGCAAGCACAGAACCCUGUCCUGUCCUUAUUCCCCAUUCAACGCCCCUACCCCCCCCAACAACGUGGAGUGGGAGCAGUGAUGUCGAUACUGACGGUGGUGCUCGCAGUGCUGUACUACGGGCAAGCACAGAACCCUGUCCUGUCCUUAUUCCCCAUUCAACGCCCCUACCCCCCCCAACAACGUGGAGUGGGAGCAGUGAUGUCGAUACUGACGGUGGUGCUCGCAGUGCUGUACUACGGGCAAGCACAGAACCCUGUCCUGUCCUUAUUCCCCAUUCAACGCCCCUACCCCCCCCAACAACGUGCAGUGGGAGCGGUGAUGUCGAUACUGACGGUGGUGCUCGCAGUGCUGUACUACGGGCAAGCACAGAACCCUGUCCUGUCCUUAUUCCCCAUUCAACGCCCCUACCCCCCCCAACAACGUGCAGUGGGAGCGGUGAUGUCGAUACUGACGGUGGUAUUUGCAGUGCUGUACUACGGGCAAGCGCAGAAGUCCAAGUACGAGGCGUGGGUGGAGCAGGGCGCUCCCACCCCGCGCCUCUACUCCCUCGAAACCAUGAAGAGCUUUGUCAUUGCCGGCCCUGCUCGUGCCGGCCCGUUGAAAUCGGAAGAUGAUGACGAUGAUGAUGAUGAUGAUAUGGGGGAUGAGGAGGAAGAGGAGUACGAUGUGUUUGAUGAGGGGGAAGAGGAGGAGGAUGAUGAUGACACGCGGCCGCUCAACCCGCGGAGGAAUGAUGAUGACGACGAUGAUGAUAAUGAUGGUAAUCGCCAUCAUUGA